UAGUAUUGAAGGCAAAGCUGAAAAACGGUUUGUUUUCACCGAGAAGAAGAAGCGUUAGUGAUAAUCACCGCUGUAGCAUCUAUUUAUCAAAACGGUUUGAAGCUCUUCUUUUAUAUCUGGGUGGUUGUUGCACAGCGGCUUUCUAAGCUCGCCAUGGCUCUGUGCGGGGGUGUCGGAGCCAUGGCUUUGCCCAGCGAGCUUAUUGUCCACAUAUUCUCCUUUCUAUCCGACCGAGACAAGCUUCGGGCCUCGGCCGUGUGUUCGCGAUGGAGGGAGUGUCUCUUCUACCCCGCGCUGUGGACCGAGCUCAAACUCCGGAUAGGUGGUGGUUGUGACCGCGGUGGCUCCAGCUCCGAUGAGACCUCAAGACUGGAGUUCCUCAUGCGGAAGUUCGGCUCCUUCGUGCGGGAGCUACAGCUGGAGCUCGCGCCGGUUGAGGGUUACCUGAGCCCUCUGAACAACGACCCAUCGUCCGCCAGGAUGGACCAGCCUCCGGGUCCUGAGAGCGACCCGCAGCUUUCCGAACGAUGGAGAGACGCCAUGGCCACCUAUUUAGAUCAGGUGCUGUGUGUGUUCACCAGCAUUCGCAACAACAGAAACCUCCAGAGGCUGAGUCUCUAUGGAGACACCUGUAUUCUCCAACAGGAGGGACUAUUGGACAGCUCCAACCUGCACCAAAUUCACCAGGGAGACAAAAAGAUUAACGAAAUCCAGCAGCUGUUCAUGGAGCUGCUGUCUAACAGCAGGCAGUUGAGGUGGCUGUCCUGUAGCUUCAUGCUUGGCCUGGUGACCCCCUGCUCUUUAGCCUGCCUGUCCAACCCUUCAGCCGAAACCUUGCAGCACCUCAGUUUACUGGACCACCAGCUGGGUCCACUCAUCUCACCAUCUGAGCUGGAUCGUCUCUCUAAUCUUCAUUCUCUGGCUCUGGACUUCUCUGAUUUGACAUCUGAGCUUUGUGGUUUGCUGGCAUCUCCACGUCGCACCCCUCUGCACCGCCUCUCCCUGCUGCUCAACGGUGCUGCCCUGGAGUUUAAACCUUUAGAAGGGACAGCUACAGAGGAUGACUGGAAAGCACUGGUUCGUGUUAGCACCAACCUGCGAGUCUACAUUAUGGCCCUGGAGGUCGACAGCAUGGAGCUCCUCAGGGUACUCAAACCGAGCCUUCCUCUGGAGCGCCUUCACCUCGACAGUUACAGCACACUGGUGACUGAUGCCACCUUGGAGCUCAUCUCCCAGCAGUACAACAAAACGCUGACCCAUUUCCUGCUCCUAAGGGAUGACCCCGACUUUCCUGAUCUCAGCGUCAAUCGUAACGAAGACCCUCUGGUCCUCUUGGCUUGGAGAUGUACUAAGCUGGCUGUGUUGGUCAUACAUGGUUACACUGUGUGGUCUCAUAAUCUGGUGGCCAUCUCUCGCCUUCGAGGCUCCAGCCUUCGUGUCCUGACCGUGUCCGAGGAGAGCAUCGACUUUGACCCAGACCAAGCUGUGUGCAUGGAGGGCGACCCGGUCCAUAAUCUGGUCAAAGAGGUUUCCCUGGGCCUCGGACGAGUUUGGCACCCUUGCCUGGAUUCCAGUUUGGUUUUGUCUGAACCCACUCAGCACUUCCACCGCGAGCUGCAUGCCUUCAGCAUGGGCAUGUAGGCAGGGGUGGCAGAUACAACACAUCAUAGCCUAACAUGUGUCAAAACCAGGCCAGACAAAGCUGACCCAAGUCAGCCCUGACCUCAGAUUCAUAAUAAAACCAGACUAUAACUGACUCCCAAAGCAGUCUGUAGAGUACAUUUAUGUUAGGGAAUAUCGGCGGAUAGUUUUAUUUUGUUUUUCUUUGAGGGUUUAGCAAACAAUUAAUCAACCAUUUUCCAUCUGGGGUGGGUUUCUUGUUUUCCUGCUUUUCCUCUUGAGUAGCACAUUUAUUAAUUAGAUAUUUGAGUGCACAUGUUAAACCGUAAUCUUGUCAAUUUUCAGAUGAUGAAUGUCCAAUGAAAACUGGACAUUCCUCUGUAAAAUUUGAUACAUGUUUAUGUUGUUCUAGAUCUCCAACAACAGUUCACACAUAUUAUUCGAGUAGUCUGCUUUGGGUCAGUCUGGCCAGUCUGGUCUGGUCUUGCCCACAAGUAUUCUGAGCUUGAUGUCUCUCCACCUUAAUAACCUCCCGAGCCUCUGUAUGAUGUAACUUUGAUUUGUUUUGUUUUUCCUUUUUUCUUUUUCAUCUCUCCCUGCUCUGCGUAUAAUCUUGUUUUUCCUGUGUGGUGGUUCCCUCGCCUGUAUAGGCUUUGUGUGUGUUUAAAUAUAUUAUUAUCCUGUUCACAGCUAGAACAAGACAGGCAGGCGGGUUGAGUGACGAUGGAUUUAAAGAGCAGUGGGAGGGUGUUGGGAAUGCGUGUUCAGACACAAGCUACUAGCAUUAGUUGUGUUUUUUUAUUUUAUCUUUGCUCUGUCAGUUUGCGUCGCUUAAGAAAAAGUUGAAAUUUGUAAACUAAUCAAUCAAUCACCCCCUGGGUAAUCAUCUUAGCUGCUUCUCCCAUUGCUCUGAUUGAGCACCUCGUGCACUUGUCCACUAGUUUGAGAGCCUGCCAGCAGGGUGGGAAUUUUCCACUGUAAAAUGGCUGCAGUGAAUGCAGUUUCAGCUACAGCCAUGUCAGUGCCAUGACUCAGACUUGUGAUCUUUGUUAAGUGGCAUUUCAAAGCCAUGCGGGUUUCUUAAGGCUAUUAGGCUUCUUACUUAACGGUGUUGUGGAGAAUAUUGUUACAUGCUUGCCGCCAACACACUUCCCACCCUGCUCACUUGUCGACACUUUGGGGAAAUCUCACUAGUCGACUAAUGAGGGAGCCUUGUCUUCCGACUGAUAUUCAGAGCCAAACUAUAAAAAUCAACCCAUCACUGUACAACGCAGACCUACUCUGUUCUGUCUUCAUAUAUAACAAGUUGGUAGCAAAUCUUGACCUUUACGUUAGACACAGCUGUAUCAUGGGUUUCCUACAGACUUUUUUUUUUGUUUUGACUAGUAUCCAUGGUCCAGAGCCUUUAUGGACUUACCUUCACUUCAAGUGCAUCAUGAAGUUCUGAAAUGCGUAGAAAUGUUCAAAUAUUUUUUUAUUACUUCUAAUAGGAAAUGCAUUAUCAUUCCAUAAUACCGUAUAUAAGUGCAUCUCUGACUAGUCCCAGAUGUUUUGGUUAGGCCAUGCUAAAACACCAGUAUUCUGAAGGCAGUUUCUACACCUAGGUGUUGCUGACAUGCCAGCAAUGUCGUAGUUAGAAAAGGUGAAUUUCUUGUUUUCACCAAACAAUUAACAGGGAAAUGAAAAGGAUGCACUGAAUGUAACUUAUUUCUCAUUCUCUCAUUCUGUUGGCCAGUCAAGUCUGUGUUUUUCCUUUCUUAGUGAAGGCUUACUGUUUAGUCAUAUUUACCGCCAACAAUUGGGGCUGCUAUUGUAUGUUCCACUGACAGCCAAGACAGGUUCAGUUCAGAGUAAUGGCACCUACAGCACAACAUGACAUUGGGUCGCGUGGCUCGUUUCUGUGGCGUAAAGUUCUUUUCCGUCAGUCUCAGGUAGGCUUUUAACAUCACUAUACCUACUGCAGUGAUAGUGAUGUUGUCCAGUGGGGUGUGUGAAACAAUCAGUUAACGUUAGAAAUUGUCUUUUUUAUUUUAUUUUGAGUCACAGUUGCCUUGGAAACAGCCCCUUGUUUUCUGGAUACAGUUGUUGUUAAUGAUGAUGUUUAUCUUGCCAUCUGAUAAACCCUCACACCUCUUUAGUGAGGGAAGGUCAGCAAACCUAAUCAUACAUUUGUUUUCAAAGAUUAAGGUUGAUAAAGACUUACGAAUGGCAGUCUGCUCAUUGCACAUGUUUUAUAUCUCAGCAGAUGUGAGGGGCAGAGUGUGGUGUGGAGUGGUAGAAAAUCGAUGCUGUCGAUGAAGGACAUGCUGGGCCCAAUUAAGGUCUGGACUGAAUGUAAUGAAUUACCUAGGAUGAAACGAUUUAUUUCGGGUACAGCAAAUCUUGUCCUGAUGUGCAGCUGGCUGGUUUUUCAGGCAUUCAGUAAAUUUGUAAAGAAUCAAAGUGUCUGUCAGUAUCUGAGUCUUAACUUGUAAAAUACAAAAGUCACCACGAUGAUUGCCUGGCCAGGUACUGUAGCUGAAGUCUUUCAUCAAAUGUCUGCCACUGCAGCAGAGCUAAGUGCUAACAGAAUUACCAGGUCUUACCAGGUGGUAAUUGGGCCCGGUAUAGUUCCACUGAUGCUCCAGUGUUGUGACUGCUCACUGGAUAUGACAGCUGUGGUCCACUUGUGUCUUACUGAGGACAUCUCCUGAGCUAGGGAUUUUAACAGUUAGCCUUUUGAAUGGCUUCAGCUCAGUUAGUUGUUGUGCACACUAUGGCUUUUUAGAGGCUGGGGCAAUGGUAUUGCAGAUUACGAAGGUCCAUAUCCAGAUCUGUUGUUUACAAGGUUGAGUGGUGAUAUUUGAGCAGAUAUGAAACCAGCAUUUUACAACGUGCCAGCAGUAGUGUUGGGCCUGCAGCUACCAAAUGUUUGCCUGUUUGUGAAGGGACCUUGAUGGUUUAGCCAUGAUAAUCUCUAGUCCUUGGUCCAUAUCUCAGGAUAAAUGCACUUUGGUACCAAGAGUUUCUUUUAAAGGCUGUCUGUGGCUGUUUAUAGAGCUGUACACUCAAAUACCUAUUCUCAGAGGGGAUAGCAAUACCAACAUAACUCACUCAAACCAAAAUGUUGGUUUUUAUCUUUCUUCCUCUCAUCAUUAUUUUUAGAACUCAACUUUGUUGGUUCAUGUGAGACGAUUAAGAUGUUGAGGUUUUGUCUAGUGUGUAGUCAUGACCUGAUGAAGGUUGGAAAAAUCUGCAGUGCACUGCAAUGGAAUGUAACGUCAAACUAAAGUCUUCAGAGCUCAGCAAACUGCUUUUUACCAACACAUGAUUUUAAAUAGCUGAUUUUACAAGCUCCGCCCACACACCAUGUUUGCUUCCUCGUCUGUUUCCUGUCUUAAGAUGCAGAUGUUAUUGAAUAGUCACGUCUCUGUUUUUACAGUUUUAGUCAGGCCUUGUGACAGCAUUACCACCCAGAUUAAAGUCAAUUAAAUCUAAAUAUAUAGUCGUAUGAAGUAUAAAUAAUACUGUUCAUAGCCUUCUCUCUUGGCAUGAAGACAGUGUGGAAGAAUGUGGCACAAGAGUGUAUUCAUUAUCUAAUAACUUCAAGAGUCUCAGCUAGGAGCCACACAGCUAGAAACGGAUAAAAACAAUGAUAUAGAUAAUUGCUGAAUAUCCUUUUUUGUUUCUGUUAACUUUUGUUUUUAAAUGCACCAAAAAAGAUUAUUUUGAACAUGAAGUGAAGAGAGAUCUGUUUUUAAGCAAAGAUCUAGCAAGAGGGGGAAAGAUGAGACACGGUUCCAUAAGUAAGGCAACGCAGAUAGCUUCACACACUAAUGAGAAGCCACAUGGGUACAAUGCAGCAUUUCACCUACAUCCAGUCCCUGUGUGUCAACACCAGAAGCUAUAUGGUAAACCACCUUGUGCCUAAAAGCCUCUGGAGUCUCACUGCUUUUCUAACCUCUGCUCUCCCCAAGUUAUUUGCUGUGUUUGCUAGUUCACACUAUGGUGUUGUAGUGUUAGGAAUUACAGUAGCUAGCGUUUCUGCACAUGUUUGGAAUUUCUCUUUGAGUCUGCCUGUGUUAUCUGAGCAAGUUAUAAGCUUUGAAAAUUCUAUUCAUUAGAUGUGUGAAAAAGAUAGUAAGAAUGUGUGUACAAGUCUCAGUAGUGCAGCCAUCAUAUUUUUUCUGCUUGCACAUGUAUGUGUGUUUGUAUAUAUGGGGGGGGGUCACUAGUGUUGUAUGUCAGUCUUAUCUCUUACUGUGCAGCAGGAAACAGGAACAGAAAUCGUUCGUUCUCAGGGUACAAUCGGUUUUCAAAAAGAGGAGGAGGAGGAGGGAAAGUAACAAUAGCUCAGGCGUCUAGCUCACUCAUAAGGAGUCACUGGAUCUGUUCUCCUCCCGUGAUGUGUUUUAAGCUGCCAAAGACCACAGUGAAACAAACUUAACCCAGACACAUGUCUGUCUGAAGUGCCCACAUAUACACACUAGAAGGAGGCUGGUCCAGUAUUGUUUCCCACUCUGCACCUCCUUAUAAGAUUUCCCUUUCUGCUGUGUUUCUGUUGUUAUUAUGGCUCCUUGUCCGCCCCGCUCUUAGUUUCUGCCACUGACCUGUCACUGCUCUGACUCAUUUUUGUGUGUCUUUGUUAUACUGUAUAAACUAUACUGUGCUGGACCAGGUAAAAUGUGAACAGCUCACAUUGUCAUUAAGUACCAAAGCAGACCUGUGUGCAGACGUCUGGCCCAUGUUGUGUUUUAGCUGUAGGCUUUUCUUGACAAAUCCUGUUUUGAAAUACAGGAUUUAUAUCUAACAUAUGUUAGAAGCAACUUUGCACAACUUGUACAAUAUGGCCAAAUUCCUCUGUCUGAAUGGCACUCAGGGUCUACAGUUCAUGUUGCAAAGCAAGGCCUUUUCAGUCCAGUGCAGUACAGUUGGAUAGUGUGACUGAGGCUGCAGCAGCGGGUAAAAGGGUUGAACUGUGGCAACAUUUUCACACCUUAUUCCUCCUUGUUUAUCUGUUCUCUAUCAGCUGUUUCACUGUGAGGAAUGUAAAAACUAAAUGCGAGGAGGACGAGGAGUUUGGUUCAGUCUCAGAGCACAUCAGGGACUAAACACUCCAUCAAAAGCUGCUCCCUGACAGAUUGUGUAACAGAAAUAUUGAAAGCAUGGCAGCCACGUUUCACCAGGCUACUGUUAGAAGUUUUAAGAGCACAAGGCCAUCAUGCCUGCUCUGAUACGUUGUAUGGCUGAUUUUACAUUUUGGAGGCAGGUGUUUAGUCCCAGAGUUUUGGAAGUGUGAAGCAAUUUGUAAUGGGACAUUCCAUAUGGGGGGUCGCUCAGGCUGUCUGACAAGCGAACAGUUUACUAUAUGGCUUAAGUGUUUGCAUGAAUACUAGAUUAUAGACAUAAAUAUAAAGUAUAUUUUUUUUACUUUGACGUAGAUUUGUUUUUGAAGUGAUGGAAGAGGAUGCAGCUAAUGCUGACCAGUCACACCAGAGUACCAGCUGGUCUGAGCAGAGUGGAGGUGUGAUACCAUUUCGAAGUGGUUUGUGCUGCACUUUUAAAAGUCAUCUGUGUUCCUGCAAUGUCAAGCGUCCUAUUGACGCUUCAGAAUCUAGAGGCCAUUUCUGCAAGCUUUUGUGUCCGGUACACAUAAGAGAAGUCUAUUCUGCUGCCACACUAAACGUAUGGACAAGCUACUCUUCCCAUUAAGUUUCAGUGGGUUCACUCAUUCAAACAAUCCACCUCCUCCAAGAACAUUUUAACACAGUAACAGGAACUGUCUGCAUAUUUAGUUCACUGAACAUGUACAAAUGCGUAAAUACACACUGCAAGGUUACACAUUCACUCUGGGUAAACAGAGGCUCCAGGUGACUGCCCAGGAGUGUUGUGUAUUACUAUACUAUACUGUUUAUACACAGAACUUUGAUUGCCACACAUCUACCAGAGCCUUAUGUUUGAUGCUUAAGUGAGAGCAAUUUUCAAGGUUCUAGAGGGGAAGGGGGGCAGUGGUUAUUUAGGAGUCCAUUACCAGCAGUUACUGUACACAGAUGGGAUCAGUUCGAUCAGCCCUUUUGACCCAUUUGACUUGUUUUUUUAGUCUGUUUUCUGUGCUCUUUGUAUGGAUUCAUAGAGAAAUGCUGGAAGAUAACAGGUCCCCUGUGGACUGAUGGGUAAUUGAAUCCCCAGAGCUGGCCUCUAAUGUAGUCCAUCUGAGACAUUCGGCCUUCACAGCUAAUUAAAACUGUGUGACGAUCACAGAACUGUAGAUGUACAUAGAUCUGGGCAUGUCUCUCUUACAGGCACAUACACAAAGACCAGGCUUUGAUGCUUGAAUGAUUGUACUAUAAUAGCCAGUACUAUUAUCACUGACAUAGUUGGACGAGUGUGUGUGUAUUAUUCUAGUACCAAAGCAGCAGACGUUGUCAGAUCUGCAUCAGUCUGAAUGCAGACUCAGGUCCACUGGCAGAUGUACAUCAGACAUGAGCAGGUACAUUUUUUCCAUUGUGAUCGUUGCUCAGACUCAAUGCCAGCCUGAGAGGUUGUAAAGUUGACUCUCGGGAUGUUGCAAUGUUUAGAAGAGUAAACUGCGGAAAAGAGGAAGUGACAUGCAUCUGGGCCUAAAAAUGUUUCUGAAAGGAGUUGAAUGAACAGACAGGGUUUCCUCAUCACAAUGUGACAUUUUAGACACUUCCUUUUUUGUUGUUCUUUUUUUUUUUUAAUCUAAAUGCUAAGACCAUAGACUACUACAAUACAUGCAAAACUCCAAAUGAGCUCUCCUAGGGCUGGACUCAUGCAGGAAUGUGAAGAAUCUGAUUAGCAUCCCUGUAUAUCUUUCUGUUACAUAGAGGAAAAACACUGGAAGUGCAUGGCACUAGUAUAAAAUCAGUUUUGUAUAAGAGAUAAACAUAGAUAUAUAUGAGGCUAGAUGUGAUCUCAGUGAAGGAGGGGUAAUCAGAGUUGGCCAUCAGCAGCUAGACACCCGGAGAGCCUUUGAGGAAGCGUCAGUGCUCCAUGUUGAUAAAUGGGAGUAAAACUUUCUGGACAGUUUGGGAUGGGUUUUCUCAGCAUGACAAUGGUAUUAAUGGUAUGCUCAUACUCGCCAUCAUACUUGUAGAAACCACAAGAUGUCACUGAUAUAAAACAAGGCCAAACUCUGUCAGUAACUGUGGUGAAUACCAGUGAGAUGAGCGUCAUUCCUGGCUAUACCAAGGAACUGAUAGAUAUUCAUGCUCAGUGUUAGCCAACUAUCUUCAUUUAGAUCUCAGCUACUGUGGCUCUGAUGUUUCUGGCUGGUAAACAAAGUCUUUCUUGUCAAGUCUGGAGAGCCAAACCUCCUAAUUAGCCAGGCAGGCAGGCAGGCCUGCUGCCCAGUCCAGCCUCACAACUAUGCAAGAGGAAUGCAUAUAAUCCACACUUAGCUCUUUUUCAGUUUUUAUAUUUAGUUUUUCUUUUUCUCACUGUCACGCAGUAGACAUAAAGACUUCAGCUAAUAAGAACUUGCAAUGACAAUACUUGGCCUUAUGAUGAUUUAUGAAAUCUUAUCAUUUUGUUUUAAGAUCUUUUGAUUCUGGUCAGCCAGCCCAGCGACAGCAGCGGUGACGGCGGGCUCACUCUUGGUCUCUGUGAGACUGGCUAGACGGCCCCAGUUUUAUCGUGGUACGAAUGUUGUGCAUUUGUUUAAAAUCAGGACAGUUUGCAAUAACAGCAGUCUUACUAGUGGCCACAAAGGGGCACAAGCAGUGCUGACAGCGCCCGGCUGCGUCUUUAGAAAACCACAGAGGAAGAAAUAUAAACUAUAUAAAUAGAUAUAUAAAAGUCACACAGUGCAGAUUUGUAUAGGUAUCAACAAUGCAUUACCGUGGUAUACUUUUAUGCAACACAUGUCCGGGUUCAAUUUAUGAACAUGAAGUAUAUUAUAAAAAUCACACAGACUUUGUAAAUCAGAAGCUAUGUCGUCGUGUGUUUUUGCAAAAAUUAUUUUACCAUCUUAAAUGUUGAAUAUUCUGAGCGUUCUCUUCCUGUGUGAUUGUGUUUGUUAAAGUGAGCGCAUAGCACUGGGUUUUACUUUCUUUAUGUGGAACCAGACUUAUCCCAAAAUACAGCUGGACCAGGUUUUGAAUUGAACUGAGCCUAUUUCAAAUAGUUUUAAUCUGAACUCUUUCUGGUUUUUAAAACAUCUGAGUGUAGUUUCUGACUGCAUGUUUCAAAGAGCUAAAUGUGGUGCAUCUGUUGAAAUACAUCAACAGCAUGAACUAAGUCUUGUUGUAUCCACUUCUACCCCAAACUCCUCUAGCAAUUGUCCGUAAAUAAAGAGCUUUUUUUGUUGAGGACUUGGCUUAAUCUGUGUCUGUAAAAUUGCAUUUCAAUUAAACUUAAUUAUAUAACUUAGAUUUAAAACCUCUCCAGCUGUUUUUUCUUUCUUUCUGUUUUGUUUUGUUUUGCUUUUUGUUUUUUUGUUUUUUUUUUUGGGG